CUGACUGAUGUUGAGAGGAGGUGCCCAUGAUGUUCGUGCAGAAUGAAGCUAUGGAGUCAUGAUUAUGUUGAACCAGACAGAGCACAAUGGCAGUAUACAGUAUCUCAAGUACAGUUUAUCCAAAUAUGAAGACUGGAUGAGAGGCUCCGACUCAGAUCUCUUGUUAUCUCCCUCUACUACUGCAGAAGAUAAUCCAUCUUCAAUAGGCAACACUAGAACUGUACAAAGACUGGGUAACACUUUUGCAUGUUCUGAAUGUGGGAAACGAUUUAAAACUAAAUAUAUUCUUUCCGUACAUGAGAGGAUUCACAAAGAUGAAAGCUCAUUUACAUGUUCAGAAUGUGGAAAACGUUUUAGUCAGAAAUCAGAUCUUGUGAGACAUGAGAGAAGUCACACAGGAGAAAAGCCAUUUUCAUGCCCUGAAUGUGAAAAGUGCUUCAGUCGCCAAUCAAUUCUUGUUAAACAUGUGGUAACUUGCACAGGAGAGAAAACAUUUUCGUGUUCAGAAUGUGGGAAAUCUUUCAACCAGAAAUCAAAUCUUGAACAGCAUCAACGAAGUCACACAGGAGAGAAGCAAUUUUCAUGUUCAGAAUGUGGAAAAUGUUUUAACCAAAAGCUAAAACUUGUAAAACAUCAAAAAAUUCACACAGGAGAGAAGCCGCAUUCAUGUACAAUAUGUGGAAAGUGUUUUUACCAGAAAUCAGACCUUGGGAAACAUCAAAGAGUUCACACAGGGGAGAAGCCUUUUUCAUGUUCAGAAUGUGGGAAAUGUUUUAAACAGAGAUCAUAUCUUAUGAAACAUCAAAGAAUUCACACAGGAGAGAAGCCAUAUUCGUGUUCAGAUUGUGGGAAAUGUUUUAGCUAUAAUUCGGAUCUUAUGAAUCAUCAAAGAACUCACACAGGAGAGAAGCCAUAUUCAUGUUCUGAAUGUGGGAAAUGUUUUAGCCAUAAAGCAAAUCUAUUGACACAUCUAAGAAUUCAUACAGGAGAGAAGCCAUUUUCAUGUAGAGUAUGUGGGAAACAUUUUCGCCAGGUAUCACAACUUGUGGAACAUCAUAAAACUCACGCAAGAAAUGGUUUUCUCAUGGAACAUCUAGGAAUUCACUCAGGGUAGAAGCUAUCUUCAUGUGCAGUAUGUGGGCAGUGUUUUGAGUCUUGUAUCAUAUUAGACAACUCACCCAGCUGAGUCAUUGUAAUGUUCAGAUUAUAUGAAAAGUGGCAGGUGUGGAGCUCCAGAUCUGUGUGUAGGAUCUCCACAUCAGGAUGCCUUUUUGUGAUGUAUAAUUUUAUGGUGCUGUCGAGAGUUAGAAGAUCACAGCUGCUUUUUUCCAAAAACAAUGCCAUAUCUGUCCACAUGUUGUGUGUGGUAUUGUAGUUCUACCUUAUUCACUUUAAUAGAGCCAAGUUGCCAUACCAGACGCAACCCAUGAACAGGUGUGGCACUGUUUCUGAAAGAAAUCAGCCAUGUUUUCCAAAUUCUGUACAUUCUCUUUUAACCCUUUCCCACAAGAUGAUGACUUACAUAUAUGUCUUAGAAUGGCUACACGUUUUUUGUCCCACAUGGUGAAUGUUGUAAUAAAAGAUGAUCUAUAAUUGCUGUUUCCUUGAAUAAAUAAGUUAAUAAGUGAUUAAAAAGACAUGUACUGUACUAGUGAAACAAUAAU